AUGACCAUCGGAAUCGUUCGAGCGUUAUCAAGAAAUGCUUCGAUUGUACAGUCGAUUCGGACUUCGAAAUACAGAAAGCAAAUCACUUUUGGAAUCGCAGUUGCAUGGGGAAUCGGCGGGUUUCAGCUUUACAAGGUGGCAGAAAAAGCAAAAGAAGAUGGGAAAAUCGACACGCCUGUGCUCAACAAAACAAAUAAUCCACUCAAACUUGAAGAUUCGAAACACUAUCGAGACCUCACCAUCCCCGAAGUAAUUUUGAAGAGUCUGGGAUUCGGGCGUGACUGGAUGACCGAAUUGGAUCCAGAAAAGCGACUCAAAAUUCACAAGUGGCCUUGGGUCGAAUGGUGGCGUUUCAAUGUUCUGCCCUCUGAAACCCGCUACAUGGUUCACGAAAACACAAGCAAAUACUUGCAGCAUGAGUAUUAUGUCUCGGAAAUCUGCCCAGAUUGUUACAGAGUUACGCUCUAUGGAUCGACAUUUAUUCUGUUCACAAAAAGAGUGUUAUAUGGAUAUUUAUCAUUAAAAGCGAAAUUCUUUGGAUUUCUCAUCAUCGCGAGUUGUCUCGUCGGGCUCGUCUGUGGGCAGUCCGGCGGUUCUGAAUUUACUAGUGGAAAUGAUCAAAUGGCGCACAGAAACAACCAAGACAUGUUGAAUAAUAUCUACUCGAUCACGCAGAGGCGGAUGAACUUGGAAGUAUUCAAGCUGAAUAUGUGGGGAUUGCCGAGAAAUGCGAUUCUCCACGAAAAAAGGCGCGCAGAACAAACUUUAUCCCAAAGAGUAAUUCCCAUAGAGCAGAUCGACGAAUAUGUGAGAAAAGCUUCGAGGGAGGACUUGCGAGCUGCUGGUGUUGACAAGGAUAAGUGGGCGUAUGGAGAACCAUUUCCCGAAGUAAUUCAAAUCAGAAUAACGAGCGAAUGUCUCGAGUAUCGUGGGCAGCCGACUGAUAUUUCAACUAAAUUCGUUCCGCCUGAAAAGACUGAAGACAUGGAUGAGAUGGAUCAUUUUAUGCUCAAACUUUCGAAAAAGCUUGAAAACUCUGAUUCACAAAAAAAGAUUAUUGUAUCUUCUGACGAUGAUGAGGAAGAGAUGCCAGCGCCCCAGUCCAAAAAGCCUGCUCCUGCAGGAAAAGAUAAUGUCGGAUAUCUGACCAGGGGACUCAUGGGACAACUGGGCAAAGAUGCCAGUCAGAUUUCAACAGUGGUUAUUUCCUCCGAUGAGGAGAAAGAAAACCUGCCGAAGCCAAUGUUUCAACAAGCCACAGAAAUCGAUGAGCUAGAUGAAGCUGAGAAAUUUCAGCCAGUUGCCUCUUCCACUCAAAAAGAGGCCGAGACGCCAUACAUAGAAGUAAAGCCCGGGAAGAAGACCAGAAAGCUUAAAAACGUGUCUCUCAGCUCAGAUGAAGAAGAUAACUCCGAAACUGCAAUCUCAAAAACAGAUACUGACAAAAUAAAUCCUCGAAAGAAGAGGGCAACUUUGAAUUCAGACGAAGAAGCUACUGGGAAUCAGAAUUCUUCGGUAAAGAAGGGUGGUCAAACAGACUCAGAACAAGACGAUUGUGGAGGACUGCCACGGCCCAAGAAAAGCGAGUUUAAAAGUCCACUAGAUGGGAGCUUCUCAAAUAGGCUUUACGUAGACGAUUGUGAGUCGCCGGUUUGCACAAAAGACAGAAAGUACAUGCAGACCCCAAUACGAGUAGUCCAUAAGCGCUCGCCAAUCGUGCGAUUUGUAAACGAAGAAGAGAUGAAAGAUCGGCCUAAAGGCAUCUUCUAUCCUAAGCCAGCGCCAGACUCGCCACCAAAGCUUAAAAAGCCAAACCCCGUCGACGAAGGAAGCGGAGUUAGCGUUGCUCCCUUAACCAGAGUGAAGUGGAAUCCGCCGCGGAUGCUUAAGCGGGGCGAGCAAGCAGAUACGAUUGUAUUCUCCAACCCUGGCUAUCAGCGAUCUCCAGGACAAGGACUUCGAAAAGUCUCCGGGAAGCAAAUCGUCCGCUUCCUCAAAAAAGAAAAGAUCAACUCAGAAGUUGUCCUGAACAAUUCGACACCGACCCCAACUGAUAAAAAUGAAGAAGAAGAAACGGAAAACGGACUCAUUUAA